UUUGAGAAUUCUGGUGCAAAUCUAAACGGCUGGUAUUCAAGAAGUGUGAUGCAACAUGAGACUUUUGAGAAUUCUCGUGCAAAUCCAAUAUUUGGCGAAUCGAGAAGUGAGAUACAAGUUUAUAAUUUUGAGAAUUUUAGUGGAAAUCCUAAGUUUUGGAAAUCGAGAGGUGUGGUGAACAACCACAGCACCAAUCACGUCAACAGCUCAAGCAGCGUCAACAACAACCACAGCACCAAUGACGUCAACAACAACCGGUUGUCCGGGUUGCUGUGGUGAAACUGUUGCUACUGGGUUGAAUAAUCCUGCCUUCGUAACUAUAGAUAGCAGUGGAAAUCUUUUGGUUUCUGAUGCAGGACCUGGUCACAUUACGAAAUUUACAUCUGGUUCAAGUAAUUCUGUUGUAUUCAAAUUAAUUAAUGCAACAGGAAAUGCUACAGUUGUUGCCGGUGAAUUUGGUAUACCUGGUGGUCCACCAUCUCAGUUUAAUUAUCCGUACGGCGUAUAUGCUGAUAGUG